AACGCAAUAUUGCAGUCGCUAGAAGUUAUUUACAAUAUGGCGGCCGCGUGACUUAUUGAGAACAUUUUUUUUUCAAUUCAGUUAUUUUCAAUAUGAUUUGGCAGUGGAAUGAAAUUCAAUAGUCUUAAGGAAUGUUAACAAACGCUGAUACUGGAUUUAGAUGACAUUUUAGAAAAAAAUAUAGCAAGACAAUUUUAACUAAAUUUCAUAUGUUCAAAAGAAAGACAAGAUUGCUUCAGUCUGCGAUAUAUAUUAUUGGUCUUCUUACCGUCAUUGCUUUAAAAGGCUUAUAAAAUUUGACUUUAAUGCGAAGAUGCCUCGCCUCCUACGACUAAGUAAACGAGUCGGGGUUCUUGCAAUCGUGGCUAUGCUGUUUAUAACUGGAUGUUUUGUGACGAUGCAAAAGCUGAGUUUAAACGAAAGAAAAUCAGAAAUAACUCUUGAAUCUGCACUUAAUGUCAAAGAGGAUAAAGAAGCAAUAGGUUUACCUGACACAAUUCUAAAAAGUCGUAUUGCCUUUAAGACUGCAAAUGUUCUCAGAACGACAGACCACAGCAAGGAAAUCUUGAAAACUGAAAAAGUAUUGAGUGAUGUGAACCAAGUGCCAGAUGUUAACACUGUGGGUACGGUGACAGGGCUGGCAACAGUUGAAGUUCCUCCAAGACCUAACUAUAACGUUCAUAUAUUUUACUACGCUUGGUAUGGCAACCCUGAAGUGGAUGGCAAUUAUAUGCACUGGGAUCACAAAUAUUUAUCCCAUUGGAUUCCAGAGAUUGAUCAGCGUUAUCGGCAUGGGAAACACAACCCCCCUGACGAUAUAGGGUCAAAUUUUUACCCAGCACUUGGACCGUACAGUUCCCGAGACCCAAAAGUUAUUCAUGAUCACAUGAGGCAGAUGUGUGCGGCUGGUGUUGGGGUGAUGGCUUUGUCCUGGUAUCCACCAGGAAAAGCAGAUGAUCAGGGAUUUUACUCAGAUAAAGUUGUGCAACUUUUGUUAGAUAUUGCCCACCUGUAUGACAUGAAAGUGACUCUACAUAUUGAGCCUUACAAUGGCCGCAAUGAUGAAACUCUUCACCGAGAUGUUAAGUACAUCAUAGACAAGUAUUCCACCCACAAUGCAUUUUAUAAAUAUAAACAUAAAGAUGGUAGGAUACUGCCCUUUCUCUAUGUUUACGACUCAUAUAGGACUUCUGCGUCAGACUGGGCAAGGCUUCUUAAGCCUGAAGGGUCCCACUCAGUGCGCAAUACAAAAUAUGACUGCAUUUUUAUUUCCCUUAUGGUGGAAUCUACCCAUAGAGACGCUAUAACAAUUGGCGGCUUUGAUGGCUUCUACACUUAUUUUGCUACAGAUGGCUUCACUUAUGGCUCAGCAUGGCGCAGAUGGGGGCAACUUGCAUCCUUUGCAAGGCAAACAAACACACUCUUUAUCCCAAGCGUUGGACCUGGAUACAUUGACACCAGUGUGAGGCCAUGGAAUUCUAAAAACACCCGACCUCGUCUGAACGGAGAGUACUAUAAGAAGAGUUGGACUGCAGCAUUGAGUGUACAUCCUGAAAUUGUGUCAAUCACGUCCUUUAAUGAGUGGCAUGAAGGGACGCAGAUUGAGAAAGCCAUACCUAAGUCAGUGCUUGGACAGGUUUACAACAAUUACAGCCCUAAUGAGCCUGACUUUUAUAUUAAACUGACAAGGGAAUUUGUAACAAAAUUGGCUCAUAAAUAGCACUUCCUUUGCAGGUAUCUCAUAUUUCUAUCAGAUCGAGUAGUCUGAUUUAUCAGAUGGCACAUGAUCGUUUGUUUCACUUCCUAUCCCUUUCCAGAGAGGAAGUUAAACGAACAAUCACGUGCCAUCUGAUAAAUCAGGCUACAGAUCAAGGUGAGGGCUUUUCAUAGGCGGGUUCCCAAGGGGGUUGCGCAGUCCUAGGUAUAAUAUGGAAAAAGCAUAGUAUUUCAAGAUUCCUCAAUAAGAAAUAACCUACUUUUUGGCUGCCAAGGGUGUUGUGCGUGCGCACCCCCCCCCCCCCUUUGUAUGCGCCUGUAUCAUGCGCCCACCCCCCGUAGAUUUUCUCUCUCCUCUUUGUUAGUUACUCACGACAUUUCACAUCUUAAUUGGAGUUCCCUACUAUAUUUUGUGUUUAGCGUAUUAAGAAACAAUUUAACAUUGACUAAGUAUCUUAAUAAAAAGGCUCAAUUCUG